UUAAGACCAAGAAGACCCUCAGCGAAUGAGGUUUCCCUUCUCUCAACGGCUACAACGUAUUAAACAUUUAUCCAGGUUACUUGAGCAGUGUAUGCAAAAAUAGAUGAGUGAUGACGGUAAGAGCUCAUCAUGUGUCUAUAUAAAAGUCUAUAUAGUUGACAUUUCACAGUGGUGCUGGUCACAUGCCGUCCAUUCGAGUCUAUUUUCAUACGCUUUUUGCAGUCUCAACGUCGUCAGAGCUAUGUAACUUGUGAGUGGACAAGUCUUUAAUUAAUGGGUUGUCAUAAAUAGUCAUCGAUCCGACGUUUCUUGUUGAAUAUAAGCAAAGUGAGCAAGCCUCGUGAGACCACAUUGAUUCUGGAGAGCUCUAAACUCUAAAACAACAAACAAGUAAGUACACAUGAGCAUUGGUGCUCAUCAACAGGUCAGAAAACUCGUUGGUUGCAUUGCUCUAGAAAUAAAAUAAUGGGCAACUCGAGCGAAAUUCAUCCUUUUGAUAUCCCAAAUUUUCCUCCCGAGCUGAACAACGUACCAAUUUGGGAGUAUGAAAAGCCUCCCUCCUUUCUACCAUAUUUCUGGUUUGAAAAAUGGGACUUUUUGCAGUGGAGGGUUUGGCUCAUGCAAAAUUGGCAGUUGCCAUUCUACGUAUGCAUCAUUUAUCUGCUCGUCAUAUUCCAACUCGAAAACUACAUGAGGACAAGGAAGCCACUCAAGUUGCAGAAACCUCUCGUCCUUUGGAACUUGGUCCUCGCAGUCUUUUCCUUGGUGGGAACUUUCCGCAUUGUUCCGGAAAUGCUCAAGAUUGUUCAAAGUCCAGGAGGUUUUCACGUCUCAGUUUGCAACAGAGAAGGGCUCAACGCCCCAACUGCAAUUUGGGGAGUGCUGUUUGUCCUCUCGAAACUGGUGGAACUGGGUGACAGCGUGUUCAUCGUACUGCGGAAACAGCCGCUGAUAUUUCUUCACUGGUAUCACCAUUCGGUGGCUUUGAUCCUUGCAUUCGAAGUGUUCCCUUACGGUGAGCCCAUUGGUCGCUACUACGCCCUCAUGAACUACGCUGUUCACAGUGUGAUGUACUCAUACUACGCUUUAAAAGCCAUGAAGGUGCAGAUUUCCAGGAAACUCUCGAUGGUGAUUACGUCCUUGCAAUUGUUGCAAAUGAUGGUCGGAGUCUGGGUCAACUUCUACACGCUGUAUGCAAUACAUGUGCUCAGCGUCCCCUGCGCCAGAGAACGUCAAAGUGUUCAACUGAUCGCUGUCAUUUAUGGCUCCUUCACAUUUCUAUUUGCUGACUUUAUGUACAAAGCCUACUUCAGCAGCAAGAAGGUCAAGAGGUCGUAGCUCCUCCUGGAAUAAAAUAGUGGUCAUCAUAGCAAUUCCUCGCAUAAAAAGCAUAUUAUUACAAAUACAUACAAGUAAUGUGAAAAAUGUUGUGACUGAAUUUUAAAAAUAAAGACAAAUACAAACAAA